AUGAGCUCCGAGCAGCAGCCAUUUUAUCGAAAUCUAGGCCUAGUGGCUGCUGAUCCGUCCAUGGCUCCCCGGAGUCAAAAGACUGGGCCUGCUGCUGCUGCUGCUGCUACGGCUACUGCUGCUACUGUUACCGCUGCUGGGGCUGCUAUCGCAUUUACCAACAUCGAACCAUCGACCGCUACCGGUAGAGGAGGUCAUGUCGCAACGGCCACCAUGACUGGAUCGUCCACGCCGCAGGUGGGAAUAAACGCCGACACCACUCCUCGUGUCAUUGCCCCGCAUUCUGCACCAUUAGCAGCAGCUGAGGCCGUUGCCGCUGCUGCAGCAGGCCAAAUUAUAAGUUCUUCGCCGCCUCUUGCUACUAGUACUACUACUACUACCGCUGCUGCUUCUGCUUCUUCCUCUUCUGCUACUACUGCUACUCCUUUGUCGACGCUCGAACAUCCUUCGUCGUCUACAUGUGGCUUGGCUGCUGGCGCUGAGUCGUCGCUCUCCGGGAGGUCGCCCGCCGCUGUUCAACCUUCCUCAAAUAUGUUGUUUUCGGAUCUAUACAAGUCCACCAGGUCGCCGCUCUCGAGGCUGCGUCAGCAGUCCAGCGCAAACUCUGAAGCCGACUUCGAUGCCGAUCUUGUGAGUAAGGAUAAGGCCAAGAAUAAGGAGGCCGUCAAAAGGUACCUGGCCGAGAAGAUCCGAAAUGAUUGGGAAUUCAAGUGGCCGCGGCCGGCCCCUGGCGCCGGACCAGGCACGGGCACGGGCACGGGCGUCGCAAAUCCUGCUGCUACUUCGGACCACGCCAAGGAUGGUCCUGUAGAGGCCUCAACCGAGGCGCCGUCACAUGACCACGAGGACAAUGCGGCGGAGACUGUAGAUGCCAAUGAUGACGAUGGCGCCGACGACAGUGACGACGCUGAAUCAGUAUACAGCACAGUAUCAGAGGACACGGCACAUUUCAAACCCCGGUUGGAGUGGUGGUCUGACUGGUCUGACGAUGACACUGUCGCCAUCUCGUCGGCGUACCGUUUUGAUACGCCUGAUGCCGUGGGGUCUACAGUCAAGGCAACGGCCGAGGCCAAGCGUGCCAAACGACGACGAGCAGUGCGUGAGGAAGCGACGUGGAACUUGGGUCUGGCUUGUUUCAAUGCACGUCGUGAUGCCUGGACUGGUGCAAAAACUGUGCGCGUAAAGCCAAAGGCACCAUCCACUCCAACCACACCCAUGUCCCCAUCGUCGCGGCGCUUGUCAUUCUUUAGAUUUGUCUCGUCGUCACCACCUGCCUCGCCCGGACAGCCAUUGUCACCAGAGAUUACCCGCACUUCAGGUGACACAACAGCCGUGACAUCUUCGGAUGGAGACUCGAAAGAGCAUCACCCAAGAGCUGCCUCUUCUCGCUGUACAGUCGAGACCUUGCUACCUCUGGCCCCGCCUUUACUUCCUCCAGCAAACCCUAUGCGCGCAUCCAUCACGCCCGCAACAUAUUCAAAUCUUUACGACCGAAUUAUUGUGCAUUCAUUAACGCCAGCAUGCCCUGUCAAUCUGGCCGAUGUCCUUCGGUCUUGUGUUGUUGGUUGGAAACGCGACGGUGAAUGGCCUCCACGGCAAGCCGAGGUACCCAUAUCUGUGGUCGCGGUGAAGAACAAGAAGAAGGCUGCCAAGCCCACGCAUAGUCGCCAGUCUAGCACCGGCCGUCGCCUGAGCCUCGGAUUUCUGGGCAGACGCGAGAGUACUGUAGGUGAUGCGCAGCCAGCAGAUCCGUCAGCUGAGGACGGUGGCGCUGCUGGUAAGGGCAUUCGGAAAAGCAUCCAACGAGUCCUCGGCCUUGGCCAUGAGCGUAGCGGCAGUAAUGCCAGCAAUAAUGCCGUAGCCUGA